UUCUCCACUUGGCCCACACAGACUCCACUCCAGUCCACUCUUGCUCCCUGCGUCCAACUGUGCACGACAACCACACGACCUCCGCCACUUGCUCCCAGACAUCAGAAUCCCAUUAAAUUUUUCAUCUCAACACCAAAAGUAACGAGUCAACCACCUCCUCCGACUUUGAAACUACUCGAGGAAACAACAGGCAGCAGAUUAUUCGUCUGGUGCAUUAAACUCUCCAGCGUUAAAUCAUGGUGACAGCUGCCUAUAAAACUUCGUGGACGGUUCUCAUCCUCCCGUUCAUCGUUGUGGUAAUGGCGACGUUGAUUUCAGCAUCACCUUCUGGAUCACCAAGUUCCGAAGACCUGCUUGGGUCCAGAGUUUAUUACAGAAAUAGAGAGACCCUCUCCAAUCCAGAAGAUAAUGUGGUCCCAAUUACACUGGAUGCCGGCCAGCAAUCAUCUCCCAUGCUCUACGACCCACACGUUCUGAGCGCCCAAGCACCAUCGGAUAACGCGCUGAUAACCUACCUUCUCACACGGCGCUUUGCAUUGGCCAACAACAAUAGACUGCGAUCUUACGUGGACUCGUCAAGCAAUGAAAUUUCAAGAAAACGUAGCUAUUCCAAGUACUGUGCAUUCAAUGCGGUCUCCUGCUUCGGGAAAAAAUGAAGAAUUUACCAACGUUGCUGUCUUCAAUGGUAUAUGUAGUAGUCAUUUAGGACUCUUUGUCCCCUCCUGCACUAUCAUCCUUAAUGUGAUUGAGUUGUAAUUCUUGUCAUCCUUCAAUAAACCAAUUUAUGAAUUUAUAUAAUUUAUUUUAUUAUUACUAAAUAAAUUGUUGGGGAGCAGCAUUUCCAUCAUGUCGAAACACAUUUUCAAUCAGUCUCCAAUAUAUAUAUGUAAAUAUACUGCUUCAAGUUAUAUAUUAACUCAUAGUACAUUCAGUCGGUUUGUGCCAAGUGUAAUAUGAGCAAGUUCCAUGUAACAACUAACAGUAAGAGUUGCGUCAAAUUUCAAUAAUGUAGCAUUUCUUGUAGCAGUAGUAGAUAGAGUACGGAUUUUAAAAUAUUGACUCGAUCGUCAUAUGCACAAUGUGAUGAUCAUUCUGUACACACACCAGCGAUACUAAUAAGUACACAUUUAUAUAUGUAUAGCAUGUUGUAUUAUAAUUAUUAUUAUACAUUGUACUCGUGACAAGUGUAGUUUGUAAUUGUGUAGUUGAUGCAUCAUUUUCACGGGGGGUAAAGAAUGAUAGAUUCCUCUUUCUCUGAAUAAUUUUCGAAUUUUUGCUAAUGCCAAGGUAAGAAUAAGCAACAGUUGCCUGUGGAACUACUAAUACCUACAUAUUUACAUACUUACUACUGUUUCAAAUCUAUAGAGAACAUGAGAAGAGGCGCGAUGCUUCUGAAAAAGGAUUACUGUUAUCCGGGCAUCUCGUUGAAGUAAAAUUAUUAUUAGCAGACUUCAGAUUAGGUAUAAGGUAAUCUUGGUAAUGUAUCUAAAAACAGAAUAAAUGAGUCGUCGCUUGCUUCCCAACAACUUUAUUGCAUUUAUAAUUUAUUGUUUUUUUUAUUUCUCUGUCCUCACUCACUCGAGAUUGAUACAUUUAUUUUUCAUUGAAUCAUGUCUCUCGUCUUCUUAUUACAUGAGCUCAUACCUAUUCCGAAGGAUAUCAAUUAUUAUGUAGAACUAUGUAGACUGUAUCAUGUAGGAGGAAUUGGUUCUGAAGUGCAGUACUUUAUUCUCUCACAAUCUAAAUAAAGCAGAAUUUCCAAAAACAA